CAUCCAACAUGGCGGCGCAGCGAAGGACUUUGAUGCAAAGCCAUCAGAGCUGGACAGAUGACCUCCCUCUGUGCCAGAUGUGUGGGGUUGGUACAGCACCCAACUGUGUGUACAGCCCAGAUGGUAAAGGAGCUCAGACCCACCCCAUGGAGGAUGGACACCUCAGGUUGAGAUUUGAAGACGGGUGUUUCCUGUACGGGGUUUUUAAUGGUUAUGAUGGCAACAGAGUUGCUAACUUUGCUGCCCAGUGUUUGACAGCUGAACUCUUACUUGGACAACUAAACUCAAGUCACACAGACAACGACGUCCGCAGGAUCCUUACACAGGCCUUUGACGUGGUGGAGAAGAGCUACUUUAAAACAAUAGAUGAUGCUCUGGCUGAGAAAGCUCGCCUGUCCAACUUUGUCCUGCCACACAAUGAGAAUGUGUCAUUCCAUCAGCUCUCUCCUCAGAGUCAGAAGGUGCAGGAGCGCCUGAAGGAGCUGGAGCAGGAGGUGUCAGGAGGUGCUACAGCUGUGGUGGCGCUGAUUCUCAACAACAGGCUCUACAUUGCCAAUGUUGGUACCAACCGAGUUCUGCUUUGUAAGUCAAGCAUCGAUGGCCAGAACCAGGUUCUUCAGAUCGGUCGACCACACAGCACAGACAACGAGGAGGAGCUGCAGAGACUGGCUGCACUGGGCGUAGAUGCAGCUCGUGUGAGACAAGCAGGGCAGAUAGCUGGACAGAGCAGCACAAGGAGGCUCGGAGACUACAGAGUCAAAUUUAACCACAAUGAAAUCGAUCUGCUCAGUGCAGCCAAAACAAGGCCCAUCAUCCCUGAGCCAGAGAUUCAUGGCAGCCACUCUUUGGAUGGCAUGACAGGCUUCUUGUUGUUGAUGUCAGAGGGUCUAAUAAAUGCACUUGAGUCUGCCCACGGCCCCGAACAGGUUAAUCAGGAAAUUGUUGCCAUGGUAGCAGCAGAGCUGGCCCAGCAGACUAGUCUAGAAGCGGUGGCUCAGUCUGUGGUGGAGCGGGUCAAAAGGCUGCACCACGACGUCUACGUGUCUGGUCGUCAGAGGGCGACCUACUGUUCUCGGCAUGAGGACAUGACCCUGCUCAUCCGUACGCUCAAUUAUGCUCUGGCUGAUGCCGCACUCACACCCACGCAGGGUGGUCGUAUUUAUCCUGUGUCCGUGCCGUACUCAAACAGCCAGAGUACCAGUAAGACGAGUGUCACCCUCUCACUGGUAAUGCCCUCCCAGAAUACCCUCACCAAUGGAACUAACACGGCCUCUACCCUGGGGGAAGGCACCUCCACACCAGGCAAUCAGAGUCCCACAGCCACCCUGCAGUCCACCAACACUCAAACGCAGAGCUCCAGCUCCAGUUCGGGGGAUGGAAGUCUGUUCCGAAGCCAGAGAGGAAGCCAAGCAGCCCAGCCUGAUGAGACAGGCAGGGUCCCGCCCUACGUGGACUUCAGUCAGUUUUAUUUGCUGUGGGGAGGCGACCAAGGUGACAGCCAGAGCACACAAGGAGGCCUUGGACCUCAGUGAGGAGGACACAAGAAGGUCUGGAGUUUUUUUGGCAACAAGGGAGCAUAUGAACUGUGAAGAGGGAGGUUUUAAGAAACAUGGAGUGAUGGAUAAUUCUGUUAUGGUAUCACAACCAAAAUGACCUGAAGUUUAACGUGUACAUAACUAGAAUGAACAGACAUUCAUCAUUUUGCAAUAGAGUGCAAUUAGUAAAACUGUGAGGAAAAGGUGUCACACAACACAACCAG